UCACUUCUUGCUCUCUCCUUCUCUCUCUCCCUCUCUCCUUCUCUCUCUCCCAAUCUCUCUCCUUCUUAAUAACACAUUCAGUUCAGGUAUAUAUCAUUCGUCAAACACCCCACGAUCCUCUCCCAACAUUUUCAAUCUACUUUUCUCUCUUUACACCUUAUCCCAAUUCCAACACUCUUCAAUUAUUAUUAACACCCUCCACUUUCUCAUUCACAUUUUCACAAACACAUGCUGUUCUUCACUCACCUCUAGCUCAAAAACCUUCACCAAUCCCACCCAUCAAAUUCCAACAUCAACCCAUUUCCCACCUCACUCCAUGGCUCUCGAAACACUCCUCUUCAAGGUCAAAACCGCCAUUUCAAACAGCUUCGAUUCAGUCCCUCCUAAACUUCUCAAGAAAAAACCUUCCUUCAAAUCCAAAAGAAACGUCGCCGUUUUAGCCUUUGAGAUCGCUGGUGUUAUGUCAAAGCUUCUUCAUCUAUUUCAGUCACUUUCCGAUGCAACAAUUGUUCGUAUUCGAAACGACGCCGUUACCCUUGAAGGCGUUCGUAAAAUCAUCUCCAACGAUGAAUCUUUUCUGUUAGGACUCGCUUGUGCUGAGUUCACUGAGACUCUUCGUCUUGUUGCGAACUCGGUCACAAGACUCAGUCAGCGAUGUGAGGAUGCUAAUCUCAGAAACUUCCAUCAGGCUUUUUCAGAGUUUGCUGACACGGGCCGUGAUUCAAAUGGGUGGGUUUUUUCUGGGCCGAAGGAAAUUGAAGCUAAGUUUAGAAAAAUGGAACGUUACGUGAUGCUUACGGCAACUUUACACCGUGAAAUGGAAGAGCUUUCUGUUUUAGAAAAUGGGUUUAGAAAAGCUUUGAAUUUGAAUCAUCAUCAUCAUCGUAGGAAUAGUUGUAGUGAAGGAAAUGAAAGUUCUUUUGGUGUUGGAAAAGAGCAGAAAAUUUAUGAACUUCAGCAGAAGAUUUGUUGGCAGAAACAAGAAGUUAAGGAUCUGAAAGAUAGGUGUUUGUGGAGUAGAAGUUUUGAUGGUGUUGUUUUGUUACUUGUGAGGUUUUGUUUCACUGUUUUAGCAAGGAUUAAGGUUGUGUUUGGGAUUGGUCAUUCCAUGCCUUGUUUGUCAGCAACUUCUGCAGCAGUUUAUCCAUCUGAUCAGAAUCCAAAUUCUUGUCAUGAAUUCGUUUCUGGGUCAUUGGAAAGCCCAGAGCUUGAUGUGAUCAAGGAUGGUUUAGGAUUGGGAACUGGGUUUUUUGAGUCAAAUUCAAAGCUUUUGAAACCACCUCCUAGUACUUUAGGUGCUUCAGCUUUGGCUUUACACUAUGCAAAUUUGAUCAUAGUGUUGGAAAAGAUGAUAAAGACACCUCAUUUGAUUGGUUUAGAUGCAAGGGAUGAUUUGUAUGGUAUGUUACCUAGUAGCAUAAGGUCAGGUUUAAGGGCUAGGUUGAAAGGAAUUGGUUUUUGUGCAAGUGAUCCUGUUCUUGCUGGUGAAUGGAAAGAUGCUUUGGGGAGGAUAUUGGGAUGGUUGUCACCUUUGGCACAUAACAUGAUCAAGUGGCAAAGUGAAAGAAGCUUUGAGCAGCAAAAUUUGGUCCCUAAGACCAAUGUUUUGCUUUUGCAGACUUUGUUUUUUGCAAACAAAGAGAAGACUGAAGCUGCCAUAACUGAGUUGCUUGUUGGGUUGAAUUAUAUUUGGAGGUUUGAGAGGGAAAUGACUGCUAAAGCUUUGUUUGAAUGUGCCAAUUUCAAUGGUUUUAUUAAAUCUGCAAAAUCAUAGUUAAUUAAUGAGAUUGGUUCAUAAUUUCUAGUCCUUUAUUUUCAUUUGAAUUCCUCUUACUUCCAUAAUAGGAGUUUUAUAAUUUUACCACUUCAAAUUUUAUGGUGGUUGGUUUUAUUAUAGAUGAAUUGAGUUAUGUUUAGGUCCUUGGGGGUUUGUUUUGUUUCUAAGUUCUAACACAGCACCCUGUAAAAUUAUAAAAUGUAAAUGAUGUUAUAUGUUUUUUAGUGAUAUCUCUAAGAAAUGCAUUGGCUUUUCAUCA